GCGCGGAGUGAGGGGAAGAGGGCGAGAGAUCGGACUUGGGGUUGUUGAGCGCUGGAUCGGCGAGAUUGCUGAAAAGUCCGAGCGCCGUCUUGACUUGACAUUUCCAAGUCGAGCCACGACAGCUGCGGCGCCUGUCAAUUGCCUGUCGAUGGUCACUUUGCCCAUCAUGCCAGCCUUCUCGCGGGGCCUUGCCCAGCACUCUUUCCGCCUCCCCUCAUCCCUCCGCGCCGCCAUAUUCGGAGCUCGAGCACCCGUCUUCCAGCCCACCACGCGAUCUUUCACGUCCGCCCCCCUCCGCAGAUACCAAUACACUUCCAAGCCCACUCUCGGCGCGCCCCCCAACAUCUUCGUAAACAACGACCCUGUCCUGCGCCAAGUCGUGCAAACCCGCCAACCCGUGCUCCUCUACCGCGCACCACAGAGCAAAUGGUACUACUGGAAGGUGUACGGGGUCGCUGCGCUAUGGAUAGGCGUGGGCGCAUACUCUGUCAAGUUCCAAGAAGACGUCAAGCACAUCCCGGAUCUGGCCUUCUUCGUGCGGCCAACAUACGUCGGCGUGGGCUUUGGCUUCAUGGCCAUCGGGUGUUACAUCUGCACUGCGCCCACAAAUCGCAUGCGCACGCUUGAGGUCCUGCCAAGCAUCAUGGGAAGCCCAAUGCAGCUGCGUAUGACAGUGCGAGCCGCACCUUGGAAAAAGGAAAGGGUCAUCCACGCGAAUCUUGGGGGCGCAACCAUCAGCGAGAAAACAUGGCCCAUGGUAGCGGAACUGUUGGAAGCGGAUAGAUCGAAGCGGCAGAAGGUUAUGCAGGGCCUGGAGGAUAUGUCGAUUCUGCCGAGGGCGUGGGAGUAUUCGGCGCGAUGGGUGCAUCAAAAGUGGACUACCUUCUUCUUGAGCUUCAAGUUUGCGGUGCUGAGGUUCGGCAUCGCAAAGGUGGAGGUGCAGGGGGAGAAGUGGAAGAUUGAUUGCUCAGGGUGGCUGUUGGAGAAUGGGAGAGCUGUCGAUCGUAUCAUCUCUGAGGAAUGACCUCCUUCCUGUCAUUGGGAGUCGGGAGUUUGAUGACCAACCAAAACUACAGUUCAUACACACUGUGCAGCUCUGAGAUUGAGCUGACACUUGGACUUUGAUGCAAUUAUGACUGCGGUGGUUCGUGUACAUUGUACAAAAUGUAAAUAUAUGUAAAUCGGGUUGUUAUCCUAAAAUUUCUCAACGGGCGUCACAGGGUUCAUUGAAUCAGGUCGUUGGAUGCAAAUGAUGUCGAUGACUAGCAUGACCGUACAACUCCAAAAUCAUCUCCUUAGCAC